CACACAAUUCCGAGAGAGCUUUCUCCCUCGGACUUUCUUUUAACAGAGACAAAAUGGAAGGUCCGAUCUGAUUGGCUGCUCAGGACCUUUAAUAAGCAAAGCUGCUACUUUCCGCCCUCCUCCCGCCUUUGAAGUCGUGAAAUUGACAAAUUGUAACCAAACAGGGGCGCCCCGGGUUCAACCAAGCGAUCCCUCGGAGGUGGAAACGUUGCGGCGGCGGCUUCUGGCAACGUUGUCCGCGGAAGCCCCCCGGAGCCGUCGCCGCCGCCUCCCCAGCCGGCCGUUCAGUUUUUUCCUCCCCGUCCAAAACUUGUCCCACCUAUGUCCAUCUUGUGUAGGAACAGUUUGGCGCUUAGGUAAAUGUAGUCGGCAGAUUCCAAGGGAAUUUGGUCGCGCAAUUAAAGCGGCGGGGAAGCCGCGCUGGGGCGCCAGUCGGCUGGGGAAAAUGCAUGGGCCUUUAUUUGGGGCGGGGAGGCGCUACAGGGCGGCGGGGCCGGGGGCUUUGCAGCGCGUUGCAGCUGCCGUGAAUGUGCAUUCGGUUGAGGGCGGUUAGCCAUUAGCCGAGCUCCAUAGCGGUGAAUUGUGGGAUGCCUGAGAAGCAAGCAGAAAGCAGCACACACUCACACAAUAUGUGUUGGCUCGCGAAAAAAAGAGAGAGAGGAGGCAAGGAGGCUUUCAAAACCCAUGUAAUGUAACCAGCCAAAUGUGAAAGGGCGCUCGCCAUCCGCGGCAAGGAGACGAUCGGCCACCGAAUAACAAUGUCGUUCAAAGAGAUCAAGGCAGGCGAGAAAGCGAAGCACACAGAAGACCAUGGCAAAAAACAGAGUUCAAGCUGGAUCAACGGAAUGGAGAGCAGCUCCCAAGCUAGCACCUCAGCCGAGAAAAAAAAUCACCAUUGCAAAAGUUACAAGUUGAUUAUUGACCCAGCUUUGAAAAAAGGACAGCACAAACUCUAUCGUUAUGAUGGGCAGCAUUUUAACAUUCCUAACUCUGGUCUUGCCCCAGUGGAUUGUGUCAGAGAUCCCAGGAUAGGACGAAUAUGGACCAAAACCAAAGAGCUGGAGCUUUCUGUCCCUAAAUUUAAGAUUGAUGAAUUUUAUGUGGGGCCCGUGCCUCCCAAACAAGUCACAUUUGCCAAGCUGAAUGAUAAUAUCCGUGAAAACUUCCUCAUGGACAUGUGCAAAAAAUAUGGUGAAGUGGAAGAAGUGGAGAUCCUCUACAACCCCAAGAACAAAAAGCACCUUGGAAUUGCCAAAGUGAUCUUUGCCACAGUCAAAGGAGCCCGAGAAGCUGUACAGCACCUGCACAAUACCUCUGUCAUGGGCAACAUCAUCCACGUGGAACUGGAUACGAAAGGUGAAAAACGUCUGCAUUUCUAUGAGCUACUUGUAAAUGGACUCUACACUCCUCAGACCCUUCCUGUAGAAAAUGAGCCAGAUGUUUCACCCACUAUGAAUGAAACACUGCAGUUGGUUGAUACCCUGAAACGUCUAAAAGACAACAGCCUUUCUUCCACGGGAUCAUCAACUACUCCAAACAGUAGCACCCCAUUUUCCCAUGAUACGGCCUUUUCCAGUUGUCGGCAAGACACCCCAAACUCUUUCAGCCAAUUUACCCCCCAGUCCCAGGGCACCCCUCUCACCCCACGCAUGGGGACUCCAUUUUCCCAAGACUCGGCAUACUCUAGUCGUCAGACGACACCAGCUUACCAUUUCAGGCAGGACUCUACCUAUAAGCCCAGGAGACACGAAACAAAAUUUACUGAUGCCUACAAUAGACGUCCAGGUCACCACUAUGUUCACAAUUGUGCAGGUGCUUUUCGAGGGUCAGAGCAUCAGUUUAGUGCAUUCAAACCCCAUCAGCAAGAGACUGUGCAAUAUUCCCACACUCCCCCUUUGAGUCAGUCGGGGUCUUCAACUUACAAAUCGGCCUUCUCUCCAUACCAAGCCCCAACUACAUAUUCUCAGCCUGAAGAACCGCCCCUUCCCCCAGAGUCUAGAGAAGUCGAGUGCCAGCGACCUCCACUGCCUCCAACAGAGUCACCAGUUAAAAACAGCACGGCUGCCACCACUGAUUUUGUCCCUGUGAAGGAAAAACCUGAGGAUCCUCCGCCCCUCCCAGAGUCAAACAGUCUUAAUGAACCAGCUGUGGUACCCUUCUCACAGACUCCUGAAAGGAGUGAGACUCCAGGCACCCCAACGAUGGAAGCAGAAAUUCAACGUAACAGUUUGGACUCCAGGAUUGAGAUGCUCUUGAAAGAGCAGAGAACAAAGAUAUGUUUUUUCAAUGACCAUGACUCAGACAAUGAGAUUCGAAUGGAAGGAAGUCCAAUUUCUUCCUCCUCCUCCCAGCUUUCCCCAAUUCCAACAUUUGGUUCCAGUUCUCAGCCCAGUCACAGGGCACAAACCCCAUCCUCACGUCCCUCCAGCACUGGCUUGGAGGACAUUAGCCCGACGCCAUUACCAGAUUCUGAUGAUGAAGAGCCAGUUCUUGGAAUGGUUUCUCUCUGUCAGAAUUCCAGAGGAAUGUCAGAUGCCAGCAUGACUUCUGUUGACCAGCUGUGUAGGACGCCUAAAACCGAAUCCUCUGAGACUAAAGAAAUGCUGCCUGGUAACCAGAGUCCAGUAUCAGAAAAAAUGGAAGAGUGUCAUCCAUCUUCAGGCGAGGACAUGGAGAUCUCCGAUGAUGAAAUGAACCCAUCUCCCAUCACAAGCACAGAAUGUGCCAAAAACAUUGUGGUGAAUACCUCAGUCAGCAACUCUGGUGUGAUGGCUCCCUCAAUCCCCAUGCCUCCACCCGGGUAUCCUCCUCUGCCUCCACCACCUCCGCACCAGCCAGGCUUUCCGAUGCCCCCACCUCUCCCCCCUCCACCACCUCCACCAACACACCCAACAGUCACCGUCCCGCCUCCCCCCCUUCCUGCCCCUCCUGGGGUCCCCCCGCCUCAUAUCUUGCCUCCCCUCCCUCCGUUCCAUCCUGCCAUGUUCCCCAUCAUGCAAAUGGACAUGAUCAGCGUCUUAAGCAACCAGUGGGGUGGCAUGUCCAUGUCUUUUCAAAUGCAAACCCAGAUGUUGAGCCGCAUGAUGCAAGGGCAUAACACGUACCAGUACCACCCUUUCAUGGGAAACCGGAUGCAGUUUGUGAAUCUUCCUCCUUACCGACACUUCUCAAUGGGUGCAACUAUUGGCCGGGGGCAGCCCUGGCCACCUUUGCCCAAGUUUGACCCUUCUGUCCCCCCACCGGGUUAUGAGCCCAAGAAGGAAGAUCCGCACAAGGCCACUGUGGACGGUGUCCUAUUGGUGAUUGUGAAGGAAUUAAAAGCAAUCAUGAAAAGGGAUUUGAACCGGAAGAUGGUGGAGGUGGUGGCCUUCCGGGCAUUCGAUGACUGGUGGGAUAAGAAGGAACGUCUGGCAAAGGCAUCUCUUACUCCGGUAAAAUCUGGAGAGAAUAAAGAUGAGGAAAAGCCAAAACCAAAGGAUCGCAUCACAUCUUGUCUCCUGGAGAACUGGCAUAAAGGAGAGGGUCUCGGCUAUGAAGGGAUUGGCCUGGGCAUUGGCUUACGAGGAGCCAUCCGGCUACCAUCUUUCAAGGUAAAACGAAAGGAGCCACCUGAAGCAGCCUCAGCAGGAGACCAGAAAAGAAUCCGCCCCUCCCCGUCAGUCGAUGAUGAAGACGAAGAAUCUGAACGAGAUCGAGACCUUCCAGAUGCAACGUCUGACAUCUCCAAGAAGGAUGUAGAUAGUGUUGGCCUCAGACGAAGACCUGCACGACCACUGGAGCUAGACAGUGAAGGAGAGGAGGAGGAUUCAGGCAAAGAGGAGGAGGAAGAAUCCUCUUCGGAAAAGGAGGCCGAGCAGGAGGAAGAGGAAGGAGUGAUGAAAUCAGUGUCAGUUAAGGAGGAAGAAGAGGAGGAAGAUGCUAAUGAAGAGGAAGAAGAGGAGGAGGAAGAAGAAGAAGAUGAUGAUGAUGCUGAAGUAGAAACAAGUGAAAAGGAGGAAGAGCAGGAUUCUGAAGAAGAAGAUAUCGGAAGCCCUGCCUCCUCAAGGGCAGAGAUUGAGUCAUCCGAUGAAAGUGACGAAUCCUCGGAAUUUGGAACAAGUUCUGAUUCCGAUGAAGAUGAAGAGGAGGAAGAUGAUGAUGAGGAGGAGGAGGAGGAGGAUGACAAUGCAGGGGUGUCUAUGGAGCAAGAAAGAGAAGCUGUGCCCGUGGAAAUAACAGUGGAGUCUAUCGCGCAAGAGCCUGAGGAUGACGACGAUGAGAAGGAGACCAUCCUGGAAUUGUUUCCAGUAGAAGAUGACGUGUACAUGCAGGGGGCUCCCCUAGCACAGGUGGAACCUUCUAUGCCGGAAGGAGAGGAACUCAAGGAAGAACCCCAACAAGUGGAAGAGGAAAGUGGUGAAGUCCCUGAGGAAUCUCUUGCUGCCGAGGCGCUGAUGGUGAUGGAGCAAACUGAAGAGAAGAUACAACAGUCCCCUGCAUGUCUGCCAGUGGAGGAAUCCGAACAAGAUACUGAGCUGGAACAUGAGGUGCUAGAUAGUCCAAAGCCAGACUCUCAAGAGGAAGAAAACUUCCGUCCACCCACACCAGUAGGGCUCUUUGGAGGGGUCUUGUCUAGCAAAACCUCAUUUUUUACCAAGUCUGAUGAUAGUAGUUUAGAAGCCCAAGCAAAAAGCAAACAGCGCUCUGCAGAGGAGGAAGAACAGCAGCAUCCUCGAACUCCUGGACGGGAUGUCCUGGCGCAUAUGGAGUCUUCUGCUCUUCCCGCUUAUACGGUGCCACCCUCUUCACUUCCCCUCCCAUCCAUCGUGUCUGUGAAAGAGGAACCGUUGCUCCUUCCAGACAAGUUCCCCGAACAAGCAAUUUUGACCAAACCAUCAGUGGAGGAAGAGCUCCCACGGACUCCAGGGCGGGACAUUUUAGCCAAGUGCUCCCACAGCCUCUCCAAGUCCCAGAGCACAGACACUGUCCCAGCCACACCUGGUAGUGAUGCUCCUCUCACAGGAAGCAGCUUGACUUUAAGUUCCCCUCAAGUCCCAGGGAGCCCCUUUUCCUACCCAUCCCAAUCGCCGGGGGUCACCAGCGGCAUCCCCCGGACUCCAGGCAGGGAUUUCACUUUCACGCCUACCUUCCCAGAGCCUGGUGCUACUCACCCUUGCCUCUUGUCGGUCAAGAAACUUUCUGAGGAUGAAUCUGAUGAGAAAAUCUUUAAAGAGCCUCUUGGUGCUUCCUUAUUGAACAGUGUCCCCUCCCCCAUUCCCUUUGCUAACCCUCCUGUCCCCACUCUCCACACACAUAUUGACUUGUCUCCCAACCAGCAGUUGCCGCUUGCUGUUCGGCCUCAUGUGUUCAUGGAAUCAAAGAUGUCUUCAGAAGAGUCCAGUGCAGACAGAAGGGCCCUUUUGCCCUUCCCAGAAGCACCUGCUACAUCCCCUCCUCUCAGUCCGCCACUUCCCCCUUCUUCAUCCAUCCUGCCCAUCAGAAGGAAACCCGGUCGGCCCAAAAGAUCAUCUCCUCUAGGCCCUAUGUUGGACGCCUAUUCCAGCAAGCCCCUCGAGCCACCUCUUCUUCCAAUCCCAGUUGCCUUGACUGAAAACGCUGUGAGCAAAGAGCUGUUAAGUGGCCACCCAGAUGCAUUCUAUUCUCUGAAGGACCCAGAAGCUGUUACCCUGGACUUCAGGAAUGAGGGCUUCCACGACAAGGUAGCACCAGACAUUUUAGCUGAGAAGCUGCCCUUUAAGGAGCUGGAGAACCAGUGGAAUGAGGACUACAAAGAGGAAGAAGCUCUCUUGAAGUCCAAAAGGCAGUGGAGGCGCCAGAAGAAGAGGCCAGAAGAUGUCCCGACAGUCCCUUCUCCAGAAUAUUCCCCGCAUCAGUAUCACUUUAGACCCCGCUCCGAGUUUGAGGAGAUGACUAUUUUGUAUGACAUUUGGAAUGGGGGCAUAGACGACGAGGACAUCCACUUCCUGUGUGUUACAUACGAUCACUUGUUGCAGCAAGACAAUGGGAUGGACUGGCUCAACGACACCCUUUGGGUAUACCAUCCUUCAACCAGCUUUUUGACCCCAAAGAAGAAGAAACGGGAUGAUGGGAUGCGAGAACAUAUGACAGGCUGUGCCCGAAGCGAAGGCUAUUAUAAAAUCGACAAGAAGGACAAGCUGAAAUACCUCAACAACAGCCGAGCGUUUGCCGAGGAGCCUCCCGCUGACACGCAGGGAAUGAGCAUCCCUGCCCAGCCACAUGCUUCCACCCGGGCUGGCUCGGAGAGGAGGUCAGAGCAACGCAGGCUCCUGUCAUCUUUCACCGGAAGCUGCGAUAGCGAUCUACUAAAAUUCAACCAACUCAAAUUCCGGAAGAAAAAGCUAAAAUUCUGUAAGAGCCACAUUCAUGACUGGGGACUGUUUGCAAUGGAGCCCAUCGCUGCUGACGAGAUGGUGAUUGAGUACGUGGGCCAGAACAUCCGGCAGGUAAUUGCCGACAUGCGAGAGAAACGCUAUGAGGAUGAAGGCAUUGGAAGUAGUUACAUGUUCCGAGUUGACCAUGACACUAUUAUAGAUGCAACCAAGUGCGGAAACUUUGCCCGGUUUAUUAACCACAGUUGUAAUCCAAAUUGUUAUGCUAAAGUCAUCACUGUGGAGUCUCAGAAGAAGAUAGUCAUCUAUUCGAAGCAGUACAUCAACGUGAACGAGGAAAUUACCUACGACUACAAAUUUCCAAUCGAAGAUGUCAAGAUUCCCUGUCUUUGUGGCUCUGAGAACUGCAGAGGGACCCUGAAUUAAACCUGAGGUUUCUUGCCACGCAUUGGUUCUGUCUGAACUGUGGUUACCAAGGGUGGUUGCACUUUUUGCCAAAAAAAGGAGGAAGGAAAGCAAGAAAGCAAAGGAAAGCAAGAAAGAGAAGAAAGCCCGCUCAGCAGUCCUGUGGCGACAGGGGAAGCGCAAACGGCAGACACGCACACGUGGACUCUUCAACUUGCUGGUGCUUUUCAUCUUCUGCUCAGAUCCCUCCUCGCCCCCCCCCCCCCCCCCCCCGUUAUGAAGAGUCAGUGGCACCAGAAAUCAAAACACUAUCUCUACCCCUCCCUCUGCUCGGUCCAGAAUGGUGUUGCUCUCACGGGUAGAGUAAGGUACCUAUUAUUGUUUGAAAACGUUCCUCUUUCUGUACAAUGCUGCUACCUUUUCCUCAUUAAUUUUGUUCGUUGGGUAGGGAGGAGAAAACGUUUUUUUAAAUGUGAAGCAGAGACUGAAAACAAGAGGCCACAAACUGGAUGGGAGCUGGAUGUUUUUGCACACAGUACAAGCUGCGAAGGGAGCGCCCGGUUGUGUUUCAGGGCAGGCUGGAGAUUUCGGUCAGGAUUCGUCAUGUCGUGAGCAGGGGUUCUCUUUACAAUGAGCCCAGACAUGGCAAUUUUGAGAUAUUGUUUCCACACUUUGCUAUUAUUUUAGUCUUGUGCUAUUCAGUUGAAUUCACUGGUCUUCAAAAGUGUCUGCCUUUAAAAUUGACAAGAGAGAAAAUAAUAUAAGUAGAGCCAAAGUGAAUGCUGUCUCAGUCAUCCCACUAACACCAUUUGGUGGUUGGUGGCCCGUGUGGUCUUGAUCGCUCUCUUAUCCUACUUUCAACUGAGGUGGGAGAAUUUUGCUUGCAAAUUCUCCUUGGAACCGCUUAUUAGAUGCAACAACUUCACCCUGCUUCCUUCAGCUCAUAAAGCGGGCUGAACCUCCACCCUCCAAUUCCUAAAGGCUAAGAGGACCAGGCCUUCUGAAUCAAUACAAGCCGCCUUUGGUUUCCAGCAGGAUUGUUUCCCUUGACCCCUUGUGAUUGGAUGGUCUGAAUCUUAUGUAAGCAUGGAGGAUGAAGAUUUGCAAGGUCUUGGUUGGAUUAAGCCAUCUUGUUUAUUUGGUGCAUCUUCCUUCUUACAGAAUUCUCUUCUUGGCGUACCCGUGUGUAGCUUUGGAGACUUUCCAUCCUUGAGAAGGCCAUGUACAUUUUGUUGGUUUCAGAACCAGUGCCCUUGUCAGUCAGCCUGCUGGCCUGUUUUGUCCUCUUUCAUGUCUCAGCAUGACCUGUCAGGAAAUUAUUCUGCACAGAUGCCAUUGAACAUGAAUGUGGCUGCUGGUGCAAGAGGAGUUCUAUGUAGAUUCCUUGGGAAAUCUGGCAAUACUAGCUGUCACCAUGAUUCUCCUGGUUAAUCUUGGCCAGAACUUCCUGGCAUAGCAGUUCUCAUCUCUAGCAUGCUCUGACACACUCUCAUAUGCUAUAAUUGGGGUGAAAGAAUAAGUGCAGAGUUGCAAACUUGCAGAACUUUGGGUUUGUGAAAGUGUUUUAUUUUACAGGAGAGUACACAUGUAAAAACAAAAGUACAUUUGGAGACCCUCAGACCCGGGUAGGCGUCCAAUCCUUGGAAGACUCUAAGGGAGAGAAAUCUUGGGUGAAGACUGUCCGCUGUGCUGGCCCACCCCCAAAAAGGAAGCACUUUGUCUUCAUGAAAUGAAGAAUCGCCUUAUCUAGGCUUUGAUAUAUUAAUUGGAUUAUUUUCUGGCCUCUCCUGAGGAGCCUCACCUUGUUCCCAAACGGAGCACCAAAAUCUCGUCUGUCCAUCCCAAGCCUUGUGCUUCACAGGCCGACUUCAACCUGGUUUCCACUAGAAUUAGCUUGAAAAUCCCCGGCCUGCCUUGGCUUCACAAUAAUUCCUUCCCCAUCCUGCCCAUUUCCAGAUUGAGGUGGGACUUUAGGGGGAAACUCGCUCCGCCUGGCAGAUAUUUAUAUUGUCAAAGCAGCUUAUUUCUACACCACACAAAAAAAUAUUUUUCAAACUCUGGUGGAAAAUUGUUUCAGUUCUAUCAUUUGCGACCUAUUUUCAGGGAUCAUUUCAAUGCAUUUCUGUAUGAAAACCUUUUUUUAAAAAAAGAUUUAAAAAAUUAAAAUUUGAAGUUGGACACAUCAUCUGUACAUAGGCAACUGUUCGGAUUCUUCUCUUCGAACACUGUUUCUUGUAGAAACAUGUUGAUUUUUGUUUCAUUUUGUUUUUGGCUGUUUCCUUUGUACUUCAAAAGCAUGUAAAUAAUUUGUUUAAAGUGACUAUUGUAGCUUGGAGUUCUUUUUUUAAAAGGUGCCGGCACUAAACAUCCAGAGAAGAGUGGGAGGUGGAGGUGGAAGCAGCUCUGAGGAAAGGAAGCUGGCUGCAUUUACAGCUUGUGUCAAGCUAUGUAUAAUGUAAAUUCUGUACAAAAGAACUUUUUUUGUCAAAUACGUAGAGCAAACUAGAAAGAUUAAGAAGCUGAAGAUUUUAAAAAAUGCCAAGUUUGAGGCUUUUUUAAUUUGCCUUUCUGAUACCUUAACGUGCAAAUCUAUUUAUUUCAGACAAGAAUGUGUAUAGUCUAUUAAUGACAACCUAAAAUGUAUUUAAGCAGAUCUGCAACUUGAUUUUUUUUUUCAAAUUUAAUCUUCUAUUUUAUAACUUUCCUCCUUGAUUACCAACAUAGUAUUUGUAGAAGCAAAUCUAUCUGGAGCUCCCAAGUGCUCCAGAGCACAUGGAGAGCUUCACAGGAGCAGAGGCCUUACUGUAGGGGUGGCCAACCUAUGGUGCUCCAGAUGUUCAUGGACUACCAUUCUCAUCAGCGCCUGCUAGCAUGGCCAGUUGGUCAUGACGGCAGGGGCUGAUGGGAAUGGUAAUCCAUUAACAUCUGGAGCACCAUAGGUUGGGCAACCCUGCCUUGCUGUCUACAAUGUGGGCGGCUGUUCCUGUGAAGCUCUGUGUGCGUUAUCAGAGCCCAUGUAUGCCUUCACGCUGGAGUUGCUGGAUGAGGACAAUUGUUUGGGGGUAGGGCAGGGAGGAGAACAAAUGAUACCCUAAAUUCAGGAGGUAGUUCUUGGAAAGGAAAUCUUGUGAAGGGGAGACUCCGUUCCAUCCCAGUCCUGAUAGUCCCUGUCUGAUGGAAUCUCUAAAAGAGUGGUUUUUAAUGCACAGUGUGACAGAGAAGGACCUCCUUUAAAAGGGGGAAGGGAAGUGGUUUGCAAUAAACAUCUGCUUUUUAUGUUCCUUUCUGGGGGGAAAAAUCUCUGCUUUUGAGAUUUAGAAUUUUAAAAGAUUUUGUUCCCUUUUGUUUAAACAACUGUAUAAAUUUAAGAUUAUUCUGUGCAUUUAGGCUCUGUCAUCGGUAUGUACCUUGUUUUGAAGAACGUGUGUUUUUUUGUGGGUGUGUCAUGCUGUACAUAUUUGUUCAUAUUUUUUGUGAAUUGAAUACUAUGUACCAUUGUAUUAUAGUAACUUUUAUAAAGCAAACCAUAAAUAUACUGACUUUUCUUACAGAAAA